UGAACUGACAGCUGUGUGAAAACAUGUGUGCUCACUGCUCCCUCAGUCAGUGUUAGCUGCGAGCUGAUGGCAGAGCACAGUCAGUGACCAACAGCUAACCAGGUGCUACAUCCCUCAACGCGUUGGAUAACCUUUGACCUGCUUCACCUGUCCCGGGGUCAGUUAGUCGGAGAACCAGCGAGGAGCGCGAGCGUUAACACUGUGGCGGUGCUGCUAAUUAUAAGCUAACGUCAGCUAACUCAAAAAUGGCCACUGUUUCAAUUCCUGCUGGGACCAGUGCACUCUUGCUGGAUAUCGAAGGAACAACAACACCCAUCACAUUUGUAAAGGAUAUCUUAUUUCCGUACAUCAGGGAGCAUCUUGAGGAGUACCUGUCCAAUCACUGGGAGGAAGACGAGUGCAAACAAGAUGUUCAUCUCCUAAAGAAACAGAUUGAAGAGGACAUGAGACAGAACCGGUCGGGCCCUGUCCACGCCGUGGACCAGACGGUUCACACGGACGAGGAGAAGGCCAUUAGGGAAGUGGUGGAUAAUGUGCUGUGGCAGAUGGCUGCAGACAGGAAGUCGACAGCACUCAAACAGCUCCAGGGUCACAUGUGGAGGUCAGCGUAUGCUUCUGGGAGAAUCAAAGGCGAGGUCUACCAGGAUGUAAUCCCAUCCAUCAAGAGAUGGAGAGAACAGGGACUCAAAGUGUUCAUUUACUCCUCUGGAAGUGUGGAGGCACAGAAACUGCUGUUUGGAUACUCUGUGGAAGGAGAUGUUUUAGAUUUAUUAGACGGUCACUUUGACACCAGUAUAGGAGCUAAAGUGGACAGCAAAAGCUACGAGAGGAUUGCUGAGAGGAUCGGCUGUCAACCGGAGGAAAUCACAUUCCUGACCGACGUCACUCGAGAGGCUAAAGCAGCUGAAGAAGCCGGGGUGAACGUGGUGGUGGUGGUCAGGCCUGGAAACAUGGAGCUGACGGAUGACGAGAGGGCCCACUACAGCCUCGUCACAUCCUUUAGCCAACUUGAACUGACGGGACGUGCUUAACGCAGAGCGUGGAGGACGGCAGGGAGAACUUCUGAUUUCAUACUGACCUGUUCCUUCUCUUCUUUGCCCUCCCAGCCCCCCCUCACCUCCCUCCUUUUUACAACUCUUAAUGUUUUUGUUUGUUCCACGUUGACAGUUCAAGAGGUGUAGGAGAUGCUGCUGGGGCUGCAGUCGGCCACCAGAGGGCCACUGAGGUCCCAGCCUGUAAGCAGUCGGUCUGUCAGGUCUGUCAGGAUGCCUUCACGUGUAUGGAAUCAGAUUUACGGAGCGCUACACGAUCAUCACUCUCACUGGACCAUUUGAUCGACCGGGAACAGAAAAGCUGUAGAUAAAACAGAAGCAACAAGCCUGAAGGAAACUCCACACGUGACCUGUGAAGUUACUUUUUACCUUUUAGAGGAACCGAAUCUCCAAUGCUAAAACUUUCCAACUGUAUGUGUCGUAUUUGUAAACAUGUUCCAUCCAUGUGCCGUUUCCUCCCUCUACACGUACACGCGUGACGCAGAAGUUUUAUCCAGUGGUUGAACCGUUUAACGUUGUAAUGUUUUAGAAAGUAGACCUACAGUAUAGUGGUGCUGCUGACAGGAAGUUCUCAUUUCAAACUUUGUCUUAAGUAGUCCCCCUCAGCAGGUGAAUGGUGUCUAUUUAAAUGUGCCAUCCUCGUAGCGUUGGUGUUGGAAAGUUACCAUAGGAAUUGCCAAAUUGAUUAUUUAUGUGUGUGAAACAUAAUUGGUAUUAUUCAGGAAAUGAUCAUCUAAAAACUGCUUCCAAUAAAUGCCUUGUCUCACACUGA